AUGGAACUGGUGGAGUUCCUCUCCACCAGUGGUCCGGUGAGACCUGCUUUGCCUCCUGCUGGGCAGUCUGGCGAUGAUGAUGUUAAGGAAAAUGUCUGGUUUCCUUUUAUGAGUUUGAUGUCUGUGGAAAGCAGUUGGGGGUGUGAAGUUAGGCACUCUGGCACAGAAGUUGUGGAUGCUGGAGAUGAUGGGCGGAAGAGGAAGGGCAAAGCUAACCGUCGAGUGCCUGCUAUCACUUCACUCACUGGAAAGACAAUGCAUUUCAGAAAGCACUUGCUGAAGACACUGGCGACACUGGCAGGGGAGCAGGGUGUCAUCCCUUUAAAGUUCAAGAAUAUCAUCUUGUACAAUUACAACACUCCUUUGAAACCUGGACAUGCAGCUGCAUUUUCAGAUGAUUGUGACUCAAUCACCAAUAAAGUUGCUGUCCAUGGGGCAGGCAAUCAGUAUAAUUACAUUGGGUUUCUAGAUUACAAAAAAGAAACCACCCGAAAGCUUGCCAUGAAAGCCAACACCUGCUCUUUCAAUCCAGGGGUUAUUGUUGCCAAUUUGACAGAAUGGAAAUUGCAGAACAUCACGAAGCAAUUGGAGAAGUGGAUAGCACUGUAUAUAGUAGAGCAACUUUACAGUAGGACUCUGGCUGGCAGCAUUACAACACCUCCAUUGCUAAUUGUAUUUUACAAGCAACAUUCCAAUAUUGACCCCAUGUGGAACGUCUGGCAUCUCAGGUCUACUGCUGGAAAAAGUUACUCUCCUCAGUUUGUGAAAGCUGCCAAGUUGCUCCAUUGGAAUGGACAUUUCAAGUCAUGGGGAAGGACAGCUUCAUAUGCUGAAGUCUGGGAGAUCCCUGACCCUACAGGCAAGUUCAGCCUAAUCCCCAGACAUUCAGAAGCCUAUGAAGCAAAAUAG